AUGGGCGUCUGGCUGCUGCUGUUGCUGUGGUGUGGAGCCUCCCGUGCCGCGAGCGUCUACCUGAGCAGCUGGGCGGUGCGCGUCCCUGGCGGCGCCCAGGAGGCCCAGCGCCUGGCCCGCAGGCACGGGCUGCUCUACCUGGGCCAGGUGAUUGAAGGAGAGUCCUACUACCAUCUGAAACACAGGGGCAUGGCUCAGAAAUCUUUGACCCAGCACUGGGGGUGGCACCUCCGCCUGAAGAGAGAGCCUCGGAUCCCGUGGUUUGAACAGCAGACGCUGAAGAGGCGAACAAAGAGAACGGCCACAGUUGUCCCCACUGAUCCGUGGUUCCAUAAACAGUGGUAUAUGAACAACGAUAUCAUUCCAGACCUCAAUGUCCUCACAGCGUGGAGCCAGGGUUAUACUGGCUUAGGUGUGGUGGUGAGCAUUUUAGACGAUGGGAUUGAGAAGAACCAUCCGGACCUUGUGGCAAACUAUGAUCCUAUGGCAAGUUAUGACUUUAAUGACAACGACCCAGACCCUCAGCCACGAUACAACACGUGGAAUGAGAACAGGCACGGAACACGCUGCGCAGGAGAGGUCGCUGCUACUGCUAGCAACCAUGUGUGUGGAGCCGGUAUCGCAUACAGGGCAAAAAUUGGUGGAGUGAGGAUGCUCGAUGGCGUCGUGAACGAUAUCGUGGAGGCCCAGUCACUCAGCCUCCACCCGCAGCACAUUGACAUCUACAGCGCCAGUUGGGGCCCAGAGGACGAUGGGAAGACCGUGGAUGGCCCCGGGGUCCUGGCCAGGGAGGCCUUCCGCAAGGGGGUAGUCAAUGGACGUGGAGGGCUGGGCUCUCUGUUCGUCUGGGCCUCGGGGAACGGUGGCCUUCGGAAGGACGACUGCAACUGCGAUGGCUACACCAACAGCAUCUACACCUUAUCCGUGGGCAGCGCCACCGAGAACGGCAGGGUGCCUUGGUACAAUGAGGCCUGUGCCUCCACCCUCACCACCACCUACAGCAGCGGGGCCAAGGGCGAGAAGCAGAUUGUGACCACAGACUUGCGACACGCCUGCACAGGCAGUCAUACGGGCACCUCUGCCUCGGCUCCCCUGGCAGCUGGCCUGAUAGCCCUUGCUUUGGAGGCCAACCCAGUUCUGACCUGGAGAGACAUGCAGCACCUGGUGGUGAGAGCUUCCAGCCCAGCUCACCUGCAGGCAGACGACUGGGCAGUGAAUGGAGUUGGGCGCAAAGUCAGCCACUACUACGGCUACGGGCUCUUGAAUGCCGGGGCCUUGGUGGAGAUGGCCAAGAGGUGGACGAGGACCCGCCCUCAGCAGAAAUGCUUCAUUCAGGUGGUCUACAAGCCAGUAGGCAGCCGGCCCCCAGCGCUUCCCCCAGUGGAAAUCCUCGCACCUGGGCAGCCUCAUGGGGAAGGGGUUGGCGCUUCUGCUUCCCCAGUCCCAGACCCCCCCGGGGUGUGGGGUUGCUGCUUGCUCGCUGCCAGGCCCUACGACACCAGCAGGGAAGGCUACAAGGACUGGUCUUUCAUGUCCACGCACUACUGGGAUGAAGACCCCCAGGGUAUCUGGACCCUUCUUCUGGAAAACAAGGGGGAUGCCUAUAACACAGGGUUCCUCAAGAACUUUGUGCUAAAACUGUACGGGACUGAUGAAGACAUGACGGCCCGGCAGGCCGCUCCCCCAGCGGUGAGCAAGUGUGCGCGACACAGCCAUGACGGGACAUGCCAGGAAUGCCCCAGUCCAUUCUUCGUGGUCCAGCACCUCUGCCUCUCCUACUGUCCCCCCAGGUACUAUAGCCUGUCCCGAGCGGCUCUGAACCCCAACGGGACCCAACGCACCAUCCAGGCCUGUGCUGCUUGUGACCCAUCUUGCUACACUUGCCUGGCGGGGUCGGCCCACAACUGCACCACCUGCCCGUCCCACAGCACCUAUGAGGAGCGCUCCCACACCUGUCUGCAGUCUCCAUCCUUCUCCUACCUGCCCCGCGGAGGUGUUUUUGCUCUUGGGGACAGGCAUCUCCUCCUCCUGGUCGUCGCGAUAUUGCUGGGCGUAGGACCCGUGGCCUUUUGCAUCCUCUAUGCCUUGCGUCGCUUGGUGAUCCGUACGGGCACAUGGCGGAAACAGGUGGGGCCCAGUGCAGAGUCCGGGACUGUCAGCCUGGAGCUUCUUUACCUCCACCAUCCCGGGGCCAAGGAGAGUUUGAAGAGACUGUCAUAG